AUGUCAGGGCGGAGCGUGCGCCUGAAGCCGGUGCCCCUCCAGAGCCUCUCAGAGUUGGAGAGAGUUCGCCUGCAGGAAGUGGCCUUAAGCAGGCUGCUCCAGGACUACGACCUGAGCUGCCAGAUCACCAUCCCCAAAGGUACUCUACUACUUAGACCUGGAGGCCAUAAACCAGUCAGCCACUAUCUCCUGAUCCCUCCCUUCAGACUCCCAUUCGAUGAGCAAAGCUAUUUGUUCCCAGGCCCUUGGCGAGAAGUUCUUGUUACAACAUGUCUAAAUAUUACUCAACAGACACUAACACCAAAACAGAAUGUAAUGUAUAAUUUCUAGUUCAUCCUGCGUGUUUAGUGUUGGUAUAAGACAUCAAUUUGUAAAACCAUUUUUUACCCAAUUUAUUCUAACCGUGUAUUCAAUGACUUUUUGUAUAGAAGACAGUCAUUUGAAAGUACUGUAUAUAGCUAGAGGUAUAUAUUUUUCAAUUGUCUUGCCGUGGUGUGAGGUUGUCUGUCUUCACCUCCUGGUCUGUUUCUUGUCAGCCAGGCUCUCACACGGAAUAGGGUUGCAAAGGGAGGGUAGAUUACUGGAAAAUUUCGAAUACCAGUAAUCUACCAGAAUUUUGGUAUCUUUCAAGGAUUUUACAGAUAUACGAUCUCAUUUUGAUCACUCUUUUGUUGCUGAGAAUUUUCCUGCACAGCAGGAAAUGCAAACCUGUAGUGUAUUCAGUUUAAACUGGUGUUCGUGAGAGUCUCAGCUUUCCACAGAGGGGUCAUAUUAGUGUGUAGGCCAAACCGUUCGGACUCUACAAACGUUUUCUGAGAAGACCGAUUUUCGGGAUGUCUCAUGGUCUGACAAACACUGUUCUAGCUCUGCCACCUUUCACCGCAGAUGCGAAAGGGCGAUAUCAACGGAUGUGGUGGAUUGAGACGCAGCCCAUGCAAAGAACCAGAUAACUCUAGUUUAAACAGACAGAUUUUGAAGCGGAUUUUUGUAUUAUGUUAAUUACAUUUCCACGGUGGCACGUAAAUAUUAGGUCAAGGGUUAAAAAGGCUUCUAAAGUUUGUCAUUUCCACUUUAAAAUGUCAGACUUGAUUAGCCCUAAUGAAAAAUAUAUCAACCCUACAAAAAAUGUCCAUUACUUAUAAUUUGAUUUGAUUUAUUAGGAUCCUAUUAGACGUGCCAAUGGUGACAGCUAGUCUUACUAGGGUCUGACACAUAACGAAAAAGACAUUACAGACUAAAUACUUUACAAUUUACAUAUAUUUAAAAACGUUAACAUGUAGUGUGUGUGUGUGUGCAUCUAUCAGUUACAUAUACAUGUCAGUACAUACACACAAUGAGUAGGUCACAUAGUGGAGAGGCGUUGUGCCCUGAGGUGUUGCUGCAGGAUUAUCUUCCUUCUGUAGCAAACUGGCUCAAAUUAAGAUCCUACAUCUGUAUGUAAUGUAUCACAAUACAUCUAGUGGCUCAUUUGGGUACUUGAGAUGAUCCCAGGUGUCUGUUAUAGUCCUCUGUGUGGCCUUAUCACAUGUGGCCUUAUGAAAUAAUUGAAUAAGAUGAUUAUAAAAUAAAAUAAAUAGAAUGAACAAUUUAAACCAUCAACUUAGUGAAUACCAUUGGUGUUUAAUAAAGGUUUCAGCAUGAAAUAUAACAAAAAAUAUAUUAUUUGUUUUUACAAACUUAAAUAUAUUUUACUAUGUCAAUAUGUAUUUGUUGUCAAUGUUUUGGUGUCAAACUGAUGGCAGUUGUGAAAAAAUACAAUAGUUGGAAGAGUUAAUUGAAAAUAUUUGCAUGGUUGAAAAUAUGCUUUUUUCAUUAAUUAGGCUAUUUUCUCUUGAACCUAUGGUCUAUCUACUAGAAACUCAUGGACAAUUUGGACGCAGAUAUAAUAAAUGAAUACUAUAUUUUUAUUUUAUUUUUACAGUUAUUAAAGUAUAAAUUGCCAAAGUUAUGAUAGAUUGCCAUAGAUUUUCUGUUAAUUACCAAAAUUACUGAAUAUUCUGGUAACUUUGAUAAAUUACCAGUAGCUUUGCAACCCUAGUCAUGGAUCACAUUCCCUCAUGUGCUCCUGGCUUAACUGUCUUAGGCUAACAUGGGACUGACACCCUCUAGACAUACACUGCCAUCAACAGUCCCUCACAAUAACUCCAGCAUGAAACCUCUAGAAAAGACUAGCAAGAAAAAUUAACUGUAGGAAAAACAGAUUAAAUGUCAUCUGAAAAAGUAGCAGACUUUAAAAUCACCCUGUCUACAUAUGGAUUGAGUUAGGUAAGACAGGACAGUAUAUGCAGGCACGUUUUGUGUGGAAAGUCACAUAUGACCUCAAUAGUGCUAUUGAAAGAAGACUAUAAAUUCACAUUCCACAUUUUAAAUAUAACAUGAUUUAUGCUUGGGUUGUCUGUUUAAGGAGAUUUUGAGGCCUCUUUCAGAUUGUGAUGAGAACAUUGGUAUAUGGAAAUGCAAUAUUGAGUCAUGAAGUGACAUGUUACAAGUAUGGUGAUAUCUGGUAGAAUGUUAAGAAGUCUUGUGUAACAUCUGUGUUCUUUCUUUUCUUAGAUGGUCAAAAGCAUAAGAAGUCACUCAGGAGGAAGUUGGAUUCAUUGGCCAAAGAGAAGAGUAAAGAAAAAGGUGCUGUGGAACUUGGCUACAUUAAUUUAUUUUUUACACUUUGCCAUACCAUACAAUGACAGUACUGGGGGAUUCGCAAUGGCUCUUCAUCACUAAACCAUAUUGAGAUAAGAGUGUCUUACAUGCAGUCAGUGAUAAUAUUGAUGUCAGUCUUUCCGACCCAGUGAAGAUAAACAUGUCUCCUUUUAGUUCAAGGCUGUGGGAUAGACACUGAGUCCUGUAGACCUUUCCCACUGGGAAAAAACGCUUUGAAUCAUCAUUGUUUCCAUGUAAUUUAAAUAUGGAAAACUGAUUGGAUUUGCAAAAAGUCAUCGACGUAAAGGAAUUGUAUAUCCAAUGACAGAGUGACAUUUUUUGUUGAUUUCACAUUGAAUUCAUGUUAUGUAAAUGUUAUGUUCACGUUAUGUGAAUUCACAAAUGUAAAUUAAAGUAGACAUUGAACUGACGUCUGUGCCUUGUUGUUGUCCAGCUGGGCUCUGUUUUCUCACACAUUGGCCUGGCCAGCCGUUGACAGUGGAAAACGGACUCUUUGAUCCAUUUCACUGGAGCUCACUGGAGCAGGCAUUCUCAGCUGUUUCUACCUGCCGAGCUCUCAGGGAAAAUAUACAGUAGAAGCCUCCUCCUGAAAGGGCUGGGGCUGCUUCAACAACUGCACUGCCGACUGCUGCCCUGCCCCGCCCCCUACAAUAAUGUUCAUUUACAGGAAUGUGAGAUCUCUCUGUCGGCUAGGCGGUCAAGGAAAUAACAAAAACAAUCUUGAGAGGUGGCUCAGUCAUCACAGCCUAUCCUCGGGCAUUGCCAACCCUGUCCCACCCCCACUCUCUUUUCCUUUUCUCUCCCUGUGUUUAAAGAGACAAAUCCCCAAAUAUGCGUCCCCUGACAGGAUAGUGUAUACAUAGUGGGGAUAUUGUUUAGGUUAAACACUAUAUUUCCCUAAGAACCUAUAGAGUUGUUAUUAUACGAGUUUUCAAGUAGAGUGCCUAUGGGAUAUUUAAAGGAGGCAAAAAAGGAGGCAUGGUUUAUAGCCGUGCAGGCUUUACGGCAAGUACAAUUACGGUAGAUGCUACUUUGUUUUCCCCUUCCAAUUGGCUCAUUCAUCCCUCCUCUUCUCCUCUGUAACUAUUCCCCAGGUCGUUGCUGUAAAUGAGAAUGUGUUCUCAGUCAACUUACCUGGUAAAAUAAGGGUAAAAUAAAAUAAAAUACUUUGAAGCAAGUGUAUGGAUUUUUCAUAGAAUUUAAGCUAAUGAUGAAGAUUAACUUUCCUUUUUCUUUCCCUCCCCCGCACCACAGAGUCUAUGCCCCAGGCCUUCGGCAUACCGCUGUCGCAGGUGAUCUCUAACGACCAUGCCCAGAAACAGCGUCAGGAGCUCCAGACCCAGCGCGAGGAGCACCUUGAUGCCAGUGACCUGGUGUCCUCCCUGCUGCACCUCACCUCCCGGAGGAGCACUAAGGACAAGGAGAUGUCAAGCAGCAACUCCUCCCUCAGCUCCACCUCCGAGACGCCCAAUGAGUCCCCUUCGCCCAACACGCCCGAGGCAGCACCACGCACAUGCAGAAGGGUAGGUUUUACAUGUGGGGGGCUGUUCUCACAAACCAACAUCAGGAGCCUGAAUGUAUUCUGUUGUAUACACACCCAGAUAUGCAGGGUCGGCCCUAGCCUUUUGGAGGCCCUAAGAAAGAUUUGGUUGAGGUGCCCCCCUACCUCGCAAAACAUUUUAGUGGCCCACUGUUGACGAAGGACAGAAAUAUUAGUAGGUUUUAAAGUAAAUUUUCUGCAAUUAGUACAAGUUUAGAUAGCUGGCUAGCAGGGUUGGGCUCAAUUCAGAAUUUUGGAAUUCAGUCCCAUUCAACCCAUGAGUUGAAAUACGAAUUGAAUUGGCCACACCCCACAUGAUGUAGAAUUUGAAUUUUUGUUUGAUUAACAGGAAGUACAUUUUAAUGCAGUGCAAUUCAAAGAAAUUCCACUCAGUCAUAGAACAUGAGAGUUUCCUUGAACGUGACAGGUCACACUUCCAGAUAACAAAGAAUAUAUCACUUUUCUCUGGAAACAAUGUUCAUACACUAUUUUAACCUUAGUGCUUGGAAUAGCCAAUUAUAUUUCCACCAACCAUUUAAUUUGUUUGGCUUCUUUUUGAAGUCCUCAGGGUCAACUUCAGGGUUAAACUAAUGCAUUCUGGGAAAUGUUGUGUUUUCCCCAUAUUGAACUACAUUUAAGUGAUUCAUUAAAUAUAAUAACCAUAACUUGUAAUAUAAUAACUUUUUAUUUCAUGAUAAAAAAUUGUUUCAACAAUAUUUGAUAUGCAUGUAUUUAACGACAUGUUUGAUGUUUUAUUUACAAAACAUUAGGAACACCUUCCUAAUAGUGAGUUGAACCCGCUUUUGCCCUCAGAACAGUCUCAAUUCGUUGUGGCAUGGACUACAAGGUGUCGAUAGCAUUCAAUAGGGAUGCUGGCCCAUGUUGACUCCAAUGCUUUCCACAGUUGUGUGAAGUUGGCUGGAUGUAUUUGGGUGGUGGACCGUUCUUUAUACACACGGGAAACUGUUGAGAGUGAAGAACCCAGCAGCGUUACAGUUCUUGACACACUCAAACCGGUGCGCCUGGCACCUUCUACCAUACCACGUUCAAAGGCACAUAAAUAUUUCGUUUUGCAUUCACCCUCUGAAUGGCACACAUACACAAUCCAUGUCUCAAUUGUCUCAAGGCUUAAAAAUCCUUCUUUAACCUGUCUCCUCCCCUUCAUCUACACUGAUUGAAGUGGAUUCAACAGGUGACAUCAAUAAGGGAUCAUAGCUUUAACCUGGAUUCACCUGGUCAGUCUAUGUCGUGGAAAGAGCAGGUGUUCCUAAUGUUUUGUACACUGAAUCUAUAUUUGGAUAUACUGCACCUAAUAUAGAAUAGAACAGGCAUUUGAAUUUAGUUGAAUUUCACUGAAUUCAAUUCUAUUUACAGUGAGGGAAAAAAGUAUUUGAUCCCGUGCUGAUUUUGUACGUUUGCCCACUGACAAAGACAUGAUCAGUCUAUAAUUUUAAUGGUAGGUUUAUUUGAUCAGUGAGAGACAGAAUAGCAACAAAAAAAUCCAGAAAAACGCAUGUCAAAAAUGUUAUCAAUUGAUUUGCAUUUUAAUGAGGGAAAUAAGUAUUUGACCCCUCUGCAAAACAUGACUUAGUACUUGGUGGCAAAACCCUUGUUGGCAAUCACAGAGGUCAGAUGUUUCUUGUAGUUGGACACCAGGUUUCGAGGCUGACGUUUGGCAACUCGAACCUUCAGCUCCCUCCACAGAUUUUGUAUGGGAUUAAGGUCUGGAGACUUGCUAGGCCACUCCAGGACCUUAAUGUGCUUCUUCUUGAGCCACUACUUUGUUGCCUUGGCCGUGAGUUUUGGGUCAUUGUCAUGCUGGAAUACCCAUCCACGACCCAUUUUCAAUGCCCUGGCUGAGGGAAGGAGGUUCUCACCCAAGAUUUGAUGGUACAUGGCCCCGUCCAUCGUCCCUUUGAUGCAGUGAAGUUGUCCUGUGCCCUUAGCAGAAAAACACCAUGUUUGACGGUGGGGAUGGUGUUCUUGGGGUCAUAGGCAGCAUUCCUCCUCCUCCAAACACGCCGAACUUGAGUUGAUGCCAAAGAGCUCGAUUUUGGUCUCAUCUGACCACAACACUUUCACCCAGUUCUCCUCUGAAUCAUUCAGAUGUUCAUUGGCAAACUUCAGACGGGCCUGUAUAUGUGCUUUCUUGAGCAGGGAGACCUUGCGGGCGCUGCAGGAUUUCAGUCCUUCACGGCGUAGUGUGUUACCAAUUGUUUUCUUGGUGACUAUGGUCCCAGCUGCCUUGAGAUCAUUGACAAGAUCCUCUCGUGGUGUUCUGGGCUGAUUCCUCACCUCUAUCAUGAUCAUUGCAACUCCACGAGGUGAGAUCUUACAUGGAGCCCCAGGCCGAGGGAGAUUGACAGUUAUUUUGUGUUUCAUCCAUUUGCGAAUAAUCGCACCAACUGUUGUCACCUUCUCACCAAGCUGCUUGGCGAUGGUCUUGUAGCCCAUUCCAGCCUUGUGUAGGUCUACAAUCUUGUCCCUGACAUCCUUGGAGAGCUCUUUGGUCUUGGCCAUGGUGGAGAGUUUGGAAUCUGAUUGAUUGAUUGCUUCUGUGGACAGGUGUCUUUUAUACAGGUAACAAGCUGAGAUUAGGAGCACUCCCUUUAAGAGUGUGAUCCUAAUCUCAGCUCGUUACCUGCAGAAAAGACACCUGGGAGCCAGACAUCUUUCUGAUUGAGAGGGGGUCAAAUAUUUAUUUCCCUCAUUAAAAUGCAAAUCAAUUUAUAACAUUUUUGACAUGCGUUUUUCUAGAUUUUGUUGUUGUUAUUCUGUCUCUAACUGUUCAAAUAAACCUACCAUUAAAAUUAUAGACUGAUCAUUUCUUUGUCAGUGGGCGAAUGUACAAAAUCAGCAGGGGAUCAAAUACUUUUUUCCCACACUGUACUUUAAUAACAUUUUAAUUGCAAUUUUGUAUCCUGUUCACUACUUCAAUUCAAAUUCAAUUCAAAUUCAAGAAUUUGAUUGGAAUUUAUGAGGCAUUCUCAAUUCAAUUGCUUACAACCUGAGGGGCAAAGGUAGCAAUACUGUUGGCCAUGAUCCCACUUCACUCCACUAUAUGUGUCACGAUCAUUGACUGAAGACACGGACCAAGGCGCAGCGUGAUAAGCGUACAUACUUUUAUUUAACGUACUUAACGACAAAAACAACAAACAAACGAUACGUGAAGUCCUGAGGUUAUAACACAACAAACCUUUACGGAUCAAGAUCCCACAAAGACUAGUGCAAAACAGGCUGCCUAAGCAUGGUCCCAAAUCAGAGACAACGAGCUACAGCUGCCUCUGAUUGGGAACCACCCUGGCCAACAUAGAUCAAACGAUCUAGAACAAAAACAUAGAAAAACUAAACAUAGCAAAUCCACACCUUGGCUCAACAUUUAAGAGUCCCCAGAGCCAGGGUGUGACAGUACCCCCCCCCCCCCCCCCCAAAGGCGCGGACUGCGACCGCGCCACACAAACACAAGAGGGUAGGGGCUGGGUGGGCAUUCCGCCUCGGAUCCGGCUCCGGGCGUGACCACCACUCUCUCUCCACCCCCCCGUUGCGCCCCUGAUCUAGUCUGGCCCCGCUGGCCGGAGCUGGACUGGACACCGGUGGAGCAGAUUGCUCUGGCUCCGGAGUGGAUCCGCUGACUGGAGUUGGACCGGACCCCGGUGGAGCGGAUUGCUCUGGCUCCGGAGUGGGGCAGCUGACCGGUGCCGGACCAGGCACCGGUGGAACAGGCACGGGCCGUGCCGGACUGGACACACGCACCACUGGCUUGGUGCGGGGAGCAGGAACGGGCCGGACCGGGCUGACGACGCGCACCACUGGCUUGGUGCGGGGAGCAGGAACGGGCCGGACCGGGCUGACGACGCGCACCACUGGCUUGGUGCGAGGGACAGGAACAGGCCGGACCGGGCUGGCGACGCGCACCACUGGCUUGGUGCGGGGAGCAGGAACAGGCCGGACCGGGCUGAUGACGCGCACCACUGGCUUGGUGCGGGGAGCAGGAAGAGGCCGGACCGGGCUGGUGACGCGCACCACUGGCUUGGUGCGAGGGACAGGCACAGGCUGGACCGGGCUGGCGAAGCGCACCACAGGCUUGGUGCGAGGGACAGGAACAGGCCGAACCGGGCUGGCGACGCGCACCACUGGCUUGGUGCGAGGGACAGGAACAGGCCGGACCGGGCUGGCGACGCGCACCACUGGCUUGGUGCGAGGGACAGGAACAGGCCGAACCGGGCUGGCGACACGCACCACUGGCUUGGUGCGAGGGGCAGGCACAGGCCGGACCGGGCUGGCGACGCGCACCACUGGCUUGGUGCGAGGGACAGGAACAGGCCGGACCGGGCUGGCGACGCGCACCACUGGCUUGGUGCGGGGAGCAGGAACAGGCCGGGCUGGACUGGGAACACGGACCAUUGGCUUGGUGCGGGGAGCCGGAACGGGCCGGGCCGGACUGGCGACGCGCACCACAGGCUUGGUGCGAGGGACAGGCACAGGCCGGACCGGGCUGGCGACGCGCACCACAGGCUUGGUGCGAGGGACAGGAACAGGCCGGACCGGGCUGGCGACGCGCACCACUGGCUUGGUGCGAGGGACAGGAACAGGCCGGACCGGGCUGGCGACGCGCACCACUGGCUUGUUGCGAGGGACAGGAACAGGCCGAACCGGGCUGGCGACACGCACCACUGGCUUGGUGCGAGGGGAAGGCACAGGCCGGACCGGGCUGGCGACGCGCACCACUGGCUUGGUGCGAGGGACAGGAACAGGCCGGACCGGGCUGGCGACGCGCACCACUGGCUUGGUGCGAGGGACAGGAACAGGCCGAACCGGGCUGGCGACACGCACCACUGGCUUGGUGCGAGGGGCAGGCACAGGCCGGACCGGGCUGGCGAUGCGCACCACUGGCUUGGUGCGAGGGACAGGAACAGGCCGGACCGGGCUGGCGACGCGCACCACUGGCUUGGUGCGAGGGACAGGAACAGGCCGGACCGGGCUGGCGACGCGCACCACUGGCUUGGUGCGGGGAGCAGGAACAGGCCGGGCUGGACUGGGAACACGGACCAUUGGCUUGGUGCGGGGAGCCGGAACGGGCCGGGCCGGACUGGCGACGCGCACCACAGGCUUGGUGCGAGGGAACAGGAAACAGGCAGGACAGGGCUGGCGACGCGCACACAGGCUUGGUCGCGAGGGACAGGAACAUGUCCGGACGGGCUGGCGAUGCGCACCCACUGGCUUGAUGCGAGGGACAGGAACAGGCCGGGAACGGGCUGACGACGCGCACCACUGGCUUGGUGCGAGGGACAGGAACAGGCCGGACCGGGCUGGCGGACGCACACCACUGGCUUGGUGCGAGGGACAGGGGCUACAGGCCGGACCGGGCUGGCGACGCGCACCCACUGGCUUGGGGCGAGGGACAGGAACAGCCGGACCGGGCUGGCGACGCGCACCACUGGGCUUGGUGCGAGGGACAAGGAACAGGCGGACCGGGCUGGCGACGCGCACCACUGGCUAGGUGCGGGGAGCAGGAACAGGCCGGGCUGGACUGGGAACACGCACCAUUGGCUUGGUGCGGGGAGCCGUAACGGGCCGGGCCGGACUGGAGGGGAGAGCUGACACAACCCGUCCUGGCUGAAUGCCUAUUUCCACACAAUAUGUGUGAGGCAUCAGCACAGGACGUACAGGGCUGUGCACUCGUACUGGCGCUACAGCACGUGGCACUGGCGCAGGAUAUACGGGACCGAGGAGGGGUACUGGAGGCCACGAGCGUUGAGCCGGCACACCCCGUCCUGGCUGCAUGCCCACCUUAGCACGAGACGUGCGUGGUGCUAGCACAGGACGUACAGGACUGUGCCGGAACACUCGCGGCACAGUACGUGGCUCCGCCAACCACCCUUUUAGCCCCCCCAAAAAAAAAUAUUGGGGCUGUCUCUCGGGCUUCCUCCCCGGCCGGUACCCUCUGCGUUGCCGCUGCUCCUCUCUGUAGCUCGCCUCCACAGUCUCCUCUCCUCCCUGGGCAUUCACCUUUGCCCAUGGCCCUUUCCCCGCGAAUAUCUCCUCCCAAGACCACCAUUUGCCCACCUGCGACAUCGCCUUCUUCUCCUCCUGGGCACGCUGCUUGGUUCUCUUAUGGUGGGUUCUUCUGUCACGAUCGUUGACUGAAGACACGGACCAAGGCGCAGCGUGUUAAGCGUACAUACUUUUAUUUAACGUACUUAACGUCAAAAACAACAAACAAACGAUACGUGAUGUCCUGAGGUUAUAACACAACAAGCCUUUACGUAUCAAGAUCCCACAAAGACUAGUGCAAAACAGGCUGCCUAAGUAUUGACCCCAAUCAGAGACAACGAGCUACAGCUGCCUCUGAUUGGGAACCACCCUGGCCAACAUAGAUCAAAUGAUCUAGAACAAAAACAUAGAAAACUAAACAUAGCAAAUCCACACCCUGGCUCAACAUUUAAGAGUCCCCAGAGCCAGGGCGUGACAAUAUGCUUUCUACUGUAUAUAAACCAUUGUUCUACGCCAUGCACUUGAUGCUAUGCUAGCCGCCGUGUGCUAUCCAUAACCUCUCCAUAUGGCUGUACUGUUCUCACUCCAUGGGUUGUAACCAAAAUUAUUUUCCAAUCGUUUCAUUCUGAACAGAACCAUACAUUUCUUUGUUCCGUUCCACUGUACGGACCAGCAAAAUAAAGUUCUGAACCGGUUCAAAUCUGUUUUGCUUUUUUUAUUUAUUUAGCUUGACAUGCAUUGUCUGAAUUAAGCCCACAGAAUUAUACCUACGGAGGAGCGGCUUCUCUGAAGGAACUUUGAAUGUCGUUGAACUUCAGAGAGUUGGUUUAACUAAUGUUGUACCAGAGCUAGCCCUUGAUCAUGACUCUUAGUUCCAUUACAUUACACAUAAUGCCACCUAGAGUUUUUUCGAGAGCUAGAUCAGAGCUAGCUAAUAAGCUAGCUAACUAACAAGCUUGUGUGUGCAGAGCAGCACCAGAAUUAAAAUAAAAACACAUCUUACCUUUUGUAGUUAAUAAAUCCAAUGUGAAACGUGAUAACUAUAGAAUCCUUAGCUAGCUUUAAAAAAGUUAAUAAUUGUUCUCUAAUUAAAAAUCUCUCUCCCUAAUUUCUGAAUCAGGCCUGUAACAUCAAUAGCUACAGUAGACUAUGCAUGCUUCAGAGGGAGGGGGAGGGGCAGGUAGCCUACACACAGCAUCUGUCAUUUUGUCUUUGAUUGACAAGAUUUUCUGUUCUGUUCCCUCAACCGGUUCCAACCCCUGACUCACACAACCCGGUGUCUGUGUGUAUCUGGCAGGGAGGAGUGUCUGUGGAUUGCAUCACUGACCUGGAUGACAACCAGUCUCGUCUGCUGGAGGCCCUGCAGCUGUCCCUGCCAGCCGAGACGCCAAGCAACAAGAAGAAGCAGAGGGACAAGAAUCUCAGCCUCAACCACAUCUUUCGACAGGUGCCCAGGGUAGUGGAGAGCUGCUGCCUGCACCUAGAGAAACAUGGUACACACACUGCUGUCAUUCUUCAAAAAUGCUUACAUUUUUGAAGUCUUACGCAUAUUGUGCUCCAAUUCAGAGUUGAGAUAAGUGCAGGCAACUCAGACUUUCAUGUACAGUGGGGAAAAAAAGUAUUUAGUCAGCCACCAAUUGUGCAAGUUCUCCCACUUAAAAAGAUGAGAGAGGCCUGUAAUGUUCAUCAUAGGUACACGUCAACUAUGACAGACAAAAUGAGAAAAAAAAAAUCAAGAAAAUCACAUUGUAGGAUUUUUAAUGAAUUUAUUUGCUAAUUAUGGUGGAAAAUAAGUAUUUGGUCAAUAACAAAAGUUUCUCAAUACUUUGUUAUAUACCCUUUGUUGGCAAUGACACAGGUCAAACGUUUUCUGUAAGUCUUCACAAGGUUUUCACACACUGUUGCUGGUAUUUUGGCCCAUUCCUCCAUGAAGAUCUCCUCUAGAGCAGUGAUGUUUUGGGGCUGUCGCUGGGCAACACGGACUUUCAACUCCCUCCAAAGAUUUUCUAUGGGGUUGAGAUCUGGAGACUGGCUAGGCCACUCCAGGACCUUGAAAUGCUUCUUACGAAGCCACUCCUUCGUUGCCCGGGCGGUGUGUUUGGGAUCAUUGUCAUGCUGAAAGACCCAGCCACGUUUCAUCUUCAAUGCCCUUGCUGAUGGAAGGAGGUUUUCACUCAAAAUCUCACGAUACAUGGCCCCAUUCAUUCUUUCCUUUACACGGAUCAGUCGUCCUGGUCCCUUUGCAGAAAAACAGCCCCAAAGCAUGAUGUUUCCACCCCCAUGCUUCACAGUAGGUAUGGUGUUCUUUGGAUGCAACUCAGCAUUCUUUGUCCUCCAAACACGAAGAGGUGAGUUUUUACCAAAAAGUUAUAUUUUGGUUUCAUCUGACCAUAUGACAUUCUCCCAAUCCUCUUCUGGAUCAUCCAAAUGCACUCUAGCAAACUUCAGACGGGCCUGGACAUGUACUGGCUUAAGCAGGGGGACACGUCUGGCACUACGUCCCUGGCGGCGUAGUGUGUUACUGAUGGUAGGCUUUGUUACUUUGGUCCCAGCUCUCUGCAGGUCAUUCACUAGGUCCCCCUGUGUGGUUCUGGGAUUUUUGCUCACCGUUCUUGUGAUCAUUUUGACCCCACGGGGUGAGAUCUUGCGUGGAGCCCCAGAUCGAGGGAGAUUAUCAGUGAUCUUGUAUGUCUUCCAUUUCCUAAUAAUUGCUCCCACAGUUGAUUUCUUCAAACCAAGCUGCUUACCUAUUGCAGAUUCAGUCUUCCCAGCCUGGUGCAGGUCUACAAUUUUGUUUCUGGUGUCCUUUGACAGCUCUUUGGUCUUGGCCAUAGUGGAGUUUGGAGUGUGACUGUUUGAGGUUGUGGACAGGUGUCUUUUAUACUGAUAACAAGUGCAAACAGGUGCCAUUAAUACAGGUAACGAGUGGAGGACAGAGGAGCCUCUUAAAGAAGAAGUUACAGGUCUGUGAGAGCCAGAAAUCUUGCUUGUUUGUAGGUGACCAAAUACUUAUUUUCCACCAUAAUUUGCAAAUAAAAUCAUAAAAAAAAUACAAUGUGAUUUUCUGGAUUGUUUUUCUCAGUUUGUCUGUCAUAGUUGACGUGUACCUAUGAUGAAAAUACAGGCCUCUCUCAUCUUUUUAAGUGGGAGAACUUGCACAAUUGGUGGCUGACUAAAUAAUUUUUUUCCCCACUGUAAAUCAUUCACUGAAGUCAACGGACGAUAUGAUUUGCAGAGGAUUUAAUCGUGACUGGAUUUAUCUACACGUUUUCCCUGUUGUUACAACAAAUUUGUCCUCAAUUUCUCCAUUUAAUUUAGGUCUACAGACAGUUGGCAUUUUCCGUGUAGGGAGCUCAAAGAAGAGGGUACAGCAGGUAAGGUUUCACUGGAAAAUGCUGAGGUGCGCAUCAAACACACUAUGAAAUUCCUAGUAUGUUUCUAGUGUUAAACUGUGGUGGAUGUUGUGUUGUGUCGUGUUGUUGUCUUCAGCUGAGAGAGGAAUGUGACCAGCGUGUGGAGGUCCAACUGGAUGAGGAGCACAGUGUCCAUGAUGUGGCCGCGCUGCUCAAGGAGUUCCUGAGGGACAUGCCUGAUCCCCUACUAACCAGGGAGCUCUACACCGCCUUCAUCAACACCAUGUGUGAGGAACACACACAAACCCUUGCUAUAAACCUCAUACCAAAAUAACACACAAUCUCACCACCACAUUUCACAUAGCCUUCAACAACAUAAUGUGUGAACCUUGUAUUUUAUUUCUCUAUGCACACUCACAGGAACCUACACACGCAAGCACACUGACACUCCAACACACAUAACAUGCACACACAUUUAAACUGACUCGACACACACACACACACACCCUGUAUAUACACUACCGGUCAAAAGUUUUAGAACACGUACUCAUUCAAGGGUUUUUCUUUAUUUUGACUAUUUUCUACAUUGUAGAAUAAUAGUGAAGACAUCAAAACUAUGAAAUAACACAUAUGGAAUCAUGUAGUAACCAAACAAGUGUUACACAAAUCAAACUAUAUUUUAUAUUUGAGAUUCUUCAAAUAGCCACCCUUUGCCUUGAUGACAGCUUUGCACACUCUUGGCAUUCUCUCAACCAGCUUCAUAAGGUAGUCACCUGGAAUGUAUAUCAAUUAACAGGUGUGCCUUGUUAAAAGUUAAUUUGUGGAAUGUAUUUCCUUCUUAAUGCGUUUCAGCCAAUCAGUUGUGUUGUGACAAGGUAGGGGUGGUAUACAGAAGAUAGCCCUAUUUGGUAAAAGACCAAGUCCAUAUUAUGGCAAGAACAGCUCAAAUAAGCAAAGAGAAACGACAGUCCAUCAUUACUUUAAGACAUGAAGGUCAGUUUCUUCAAGUGCAGUCGCAAGAACCAUGAAGCGCUAUGAUGAAACUGGCUCUCAUGAGGACCACCACAGGAAUGGAAGACCCAGAGUUACCUCUGCUGCAGAGGAUAAGUUCAUUAGAGUUACCAGCCUCAGAAAUUGCAGCCAAAAUAAAUGCUUCACAGAGUUCAAGUAACAGACACAUCUCAACAUCAACUGUUCAGAGGAGACUGUGUGAAUCAGGCCUUCAUGGUCGAAUUGCUGUAAAGAAACCACUACUAAAGGACACCAAUAAGUAGAAGAGACUUGCUUGGGCCAAGAAACACGAGCAAUGGACAUUAGACCGGUGGAAAUCUGUCCUUUGGUCUGGAGUCCAAAUUGGAGAUUUUUGUUCCAACCCCUGUGUCUUUGUGAGACACGGUGUGGGUGAACGGAUGAUCUCUGCAUGUGUAUUUCCCACCGUGAAACAUGGAGGAGGAGGUGUUAUGGUGUGGGGGUGCUUUGCUGGUGACACUGUCUGUGAUUUAUUUAGAAUUCAAGGCAUACUUAACCAGCAUGGCUACCACAGCAUUCUGCAGCGAUACGCCAUCCCAUCUGGUUUGGGCUUAGUGGGACUAUCAUUUGUUUUUCAACAGGACAAUGACCCAACACACCUCCAGGCUGUGUAAGGGCUAUUUUACCAAGAAGGAGAGUGAUGGAGUGCUGCAUCAGAUGACCUGGCCUCCACAAUCCCCCGACCUCAACCAAAUUGAGAUGGUUUGGGAUGAGUCGGGCCGCAGAGUGAAGGAAAAGCAGCCAACAUUGGUCAGCAUAUGUGGGAACUCCUUCAAGACUGUUGGAAAAGCAUUCCAGGUGAAGCUGGUUGAGAGAAUGCGAAGAGUGUGCAAAGCUGUCAUCAAGGCAAAGGGUGGCUAUUUGAAGAAUCUAAAAUCUCAAAUAUAUUUUGAUUUGUUUAACACUUCUUUGGUUAAUACAUGAUUCCAUAUGUGUUAUUUAAUAGUUUUGAUGUCUUCACUAUUAUUCUACAAUGUAGAAAAUAGUCAAAUUAUAGAAAAACCCUUGAAUGAGUAGGUGUUCUAAAACUUUUGACCGGUAGUUUAGCUUCUUACUUUCUCCUAUUCUUCUUAUUUCUUGUUUUUAUUUCUUGUGUGUUUUUGUUCUACCUUAUGUUAUUUUUAGUGCUACAUUGAUUUUGAUUACUACAUUGUUGGGUUUGAAGCUUGGAAGAAAGGCAUUUCACUGUGCUUGUGCACGUGACAUUAAAACUUGAACAGCCCACACUGGCCCCAUAUCCCACAUUCAUGUACACUACAUCCACUACAGUAUAUAACUCAAAUGCUUUGCCACACUCUCAGCACAACACUUCUCAUACCAUUCAUCAACUCCAUGUGUGAAGGGUGUACAGGAACUCCUACACUACGGUAGUUUGUUAUUAAGAAAGCGCAUAAUUCAUACAGCUAAUUCCUAUACAAUAUCUAUUGUAAAGUGAGUACAAAUUGGUCUGUAGCUGUAAGGAUUAGAGGGAGUUGUGAUGAUGUUUAUUGUGUCCUCCUCUGCAGUACUGGACCAUUCAGACCAGGAGAGCACCAUGCAGCUGCUGAUGUACCUGCUCCCACCCUGCAACAGUGACACCCUGCAACGCCUCCUGGAGUUCCUGGCCACGGUGGCCGCCCAUGCCGAAGACAGCCAGGACAAGGACGGUCAGGAGGUAAGGGCAGGUACGGGCAGGACAGGAUAGGACAGGAGGACAGAGCAGGACAGGGCAGGAACGGAGGACAGAACAGGGCAGGACAGGACAGGAACACUGGAUGGAAGAUCAGUAGUCUAAUAAAAUGGCUUAAGUUUACUGUCCUUUUCUCCCUUUGUCUGGGAUCAACUUUCAUGGAUGAAUGUUGUAGUAGUGCAUCCAAUGUUGGGUAUUUGAGAUCCAUGACAAGGUCAUACUCAUCUAUUGAAAUACUGGCAGCAUUUUACAUUACAGAACGGAAUACAUGGUUAAUAACAUGCAGUAGUUGUACUUCUGCCAUCCGAAACUAAAGAGUGUAGUACAUGUUGAGGAUCCAUUGACAUUCUCAUUCUGAUUGACAGACAUGGCUUUAUUUAUAUUGAUAAGGGCGGGUUAAGUGCACAUUCAUUCCCACACUCCUAUCGUUUUGUGAAUAUGUCUACACAUUUGGGUGAGACAGGAGAAGCCUUCAAGUCAGUCAUGUGCAUGAAUUGUGUUCCUUUGCUACCACAAUCAUCACUUAUAAGACUGUGUUUAUUCUUCAUUGAACUUAAAGAAAGACUUAAAAGUCGUCUGAGGUUUUUAUUCAGCGUCACCUUGAAUAAUCUUUCCAAUCAACGUCCAUCAGUGUAACUUUCAGCAUAAUCCAGAAAUGUUUCCUGUAACUGCAAAAGGUCGGAGGAAAAUUCCUUGUAAUCACGCACCAAGGCCUGUGAGUUUUGAGGCUGUGGGGCUGUGGGGCUGUGGGGCUGUGGGGCUGUGGGGCUGCUGGUCAGACAGCCAUAAUUAAAUAAAUUCAGGCUUCUUCAUCCUGUUAUUACUGGGUAUUUCGUGACGAUGCAUAACAGCUUUAAUCCUGCCGAGCAGAAGGAGCUCAGGUAUGCCAGCACAGUCAGGAGAGCUUCCCAGAAAGGUGUGUGUGUGUGUGUGCGGGUGUGCGCAUCUUUGUGUGUUUUAGUGUCAAAUUCAGCAUUGUCCAACUGCUGUCUUUAGAUCACAGGGAACAAGAUGACAUCGCUCAACCUGGCCACUGUCUUUGGGCCCAACCUUCUACACAAGCAGAAGAGUUCGGACAAGGAGUUUGCUGUCCAGAGUUUUGCCCGUGCCGAGGAGAGUACAGCCAUCAUAGGCGUGGUACAGAGGAUGAUCAGCACAUACGAGACCCUCUUCAUGGUAAGCUAUGACUUAUGGAAAACACUAGAACAUGGCGCCAAUGGACGGAUAUAUAAGCUUUUAUCACACUAGAUAGAGGACAGAGUAAAAACUUGGCACAGCUGAUAAACAAUUGAACUCACUUACUCACUGCUCCCCUUUCCAAGAAUAAUAGUUUUUAGGGGAAUUAUCAAGCUUAAUAGAGUGGCUCCAUCUAAUUAAAUGUAAACAUGACAUUUAUACAUUUUCAAGAAGGACAUGGAUGUUUUUAUUUAUUAAAACAUUAUUUGAUAAAAUAUUGAAUUUUGCCUUUACUACCCAUAGAAAUGCAUAUAAUAACACAUACAGUACCAGUAAAAAGUUUGGGCACACCUACUCAUUCCAGGGUUUUUCUUUAUUUUGACUAUCUUAUACAUUGUAGAAUAAUAGUGAAGACAUCAAAACUAUGAAAUAAUACAUAUGUAAUCAUGUAGUAACCAAAAAAGUGUUAAACAAAUCAAAAUAUAUUUGAUGACAGCUUUGCACACUCUUGGCAUUCUCUCAACCAGCUUCAUGAGGUAGUCACCUGGAAUGCAUUUCAAUUAACAGGUGUGCCUUUUUAAAAGUUAAUUUGUGGAAUUUCUUUACUUGUUAAUGCAUUUGAGCCAAUCAGUUGUGUUGUGACAAGUUGGGGGUGGUAAAAGACCAAGUCCAUAUUAUGUCAAGAACAGCUCAAAUAAGCAAAGAGAAAUUACAGUCCAUCAUUACUUUAAGACAUGAAAAUCAGUCAAUAUGGAAAAUGUCAAGAACUUUGAAAGUUUCUUCAAGUCCAUUCGCAAAAACCAUCAAGCGCUGUGAUGAAACUGGCUCUCAUGAGGACCACCACAGGAAAGGAAGACCCAGAGUUACCUCUGCUGCAGAGAAUAAGUUCAUUAGAGUUACCAGCCUCAGAAACUGCAGUCCAAAUAAAUGCUUCAUAGAGUUCAACUAACAGACACAUCUCAACAUCAACUGUUCAGAGGAGACUGUGUGAAUCAGGCCUUCAUGGUGAAUUGCUGCAAAGAAACCAAUACUAAAGGACACCAAUAAGAAGAAGUAACUUGCUUGGGCCAAGAAACACGAGCAAUGGACAUUAGACCGGUGGAAAUCUGUCCUUUGGUCUGAUGAGUCCAAAUUUUAGAUUUUUGGUUCCAACAGCCGUGUCUUUGUGAGACGCAGAGUAGGUGAACGGAUGAUCUCCUUAUGUGUAGUUCCCACCGUGAAACAUGGAGGAGGAGGUGUGAUGGUGUGGGGGUGCUUUUCUGGUUACACUGUCAGCAAUUUAUUUAGAAUUCAAGGCACACUUAACCAGCAUGGCUACCACAGCAUUCUGCAUCGAUACGCCAUCCCAUCUGGUUUGCGCUUAGUGGGACUAUCAUUUGUUUUUCAACAGGACAAUGACCCAACACACCUCCAGGCUGUGUAAGGGCUAUUUGACCAAGAAUGAGAGUGAUGGAGUGCUGCAUCAGAUGACCUGGCCUCCACAAUCACCCAACCUCAACCCAAUUGAGAUGGUUUGGGAUGAGUUGGACCGCAGAGUGAAGGAAAAGCAGCCAACAAGUGCUCAGCAUAUGUGGGAACUCCUUCAAGACUGUUGGAAAAGCAUUCCAGGUGAAGCUGGUUGAGAGAAUGCCAAGAGUGUGCAAAGCUGUCAUCAAGGCAAAGGGUGGCUACUUUGAAGAAUCUAUAAUCUAAAAUAUAUUUUAAUUUGUUUAACACUUUUUUGGCUACUACAUGAUUCCAUAUGUGUUAUUUCAUAUUUUUGAUGUCUUCACUAUUAUUCUACAAUGUAGAAUAAUAAAUAAAUUAGUCAUUUAGCAGACGCUCUUAUCCAGCGCGACUUACAGGAGCAAUUAGGGUUAAGUGCCUUGCUCAAGGGCACAUCGACAGAUUUUUCACCUAGUCGGCUCAGGGAUUAGAACCAGCGACCUUUCGGUUACUGGCACAACGCUCUUAACCACUCAGCUACUUGCCACCCUUAGAAAAUUUUUUAAAUAAAGAAAAACACUUGAAUGAGUAGGUAUGUCCAAACUUUUGACUGGUAGUGUACAUAAAUGGCAAAAAAAGUCCCCCCAAAAAUCUUAAGGAAUAAGGUUUUGACGUGUAUAUCUAGAAGAUAUAAGAAAGCUCAGGAAAUGUUUUUGUUUAUUGUCUCAAAACUACCUCCAUACAUCCAUUCAUUUGUAUGGGUUACCUUAAGUCGGGUCCCAUGACACUUGUGGGGGUUGUAGAGCAAAACAUCAUCAUGUUCGUGAGAGUCUCAUCAUUCCAUAGAGUGGUGUUAUUAGUUUGUAGACCAAACCGUUCGGACGCUACAGACAUUUUUGUGAGACGACCAAUUUUAGGGAUGUCUCAUAGUCUGACAAACACCGUUGUAGCUCAGCCACCUUCCACCGCAGAUGCGGAAGGCCGACAUAGGUGGAUGCGUUGGAUUGAGACACAGCCCAUGCAACAACUGAUAUCUCUAGUUUAAACUGACAGAAUUUGAUGGGGAUUUUGUUAUUAUGUUUCUUAGAUAGACUCAUGGGGAUAGACUCUUAAGGAAUAUUAUUAAAGUCUCUUAGCAAAGGGCCUGAAAACUAAUGUGAAUUAGGUAUUUCAGUUUUGUAUUUUUUAUAAAUUUGCACACAAAAUAAAAAAAUAGAAAUUCACUUCGUUAUUAUGGGAUAUUGUGUAUUGUUUGAUGAGUAUUUUUAUUUAUUUUUAUCAAUUUUAGAAUAAGGAUGUAACAUAACAAAAUGUGGAAAAAGUCAAGGGGUCUGAAUACUUUCCGAAUGCACUGUACAUUAUUGUGUCAAUAUCUGGCUCAACAGUUUGCCUACAUCUGAGCAGCUGAUUAUUUCUUGAGGGAGUUACAUAUCCAGUUUAAGCUAACACAGAAUGAGAUAAAUGUACCAACUCAGUUCAGCUCAGAUGUCCAGUUAAGGAUUGUGUGUUUCUGGCCCUCCCAGGUGCCACCUGACCUGCAGAAUGAGGUUCUAAUUAGUCUGCUGGAGACAGAUCCUGAUGUGGUGGAUUACCUGCUGCGGAGGAAGGCUUCUCAGUACUCGUGA